AUGUCUCGAAGUGAGACCUCCGAGACCUUCGAUACCAUUGGUGUCACUUCCAGAGCGCAGUGGUGGGGGACUGGAAGCGAGGCAAAACACGGACGGGAGGGGAGGGAGGGAGGGAAACCAUCCACACCACCACCACCACCACCGGAUGUUGAGCCAUUUGCGGUUUUUUGGGACUUUCUCACCUCUGUCAAGCAGGUAACUUUCGAGUCGCAUUACGUCAAUAGCCAACGGUUAGGUUACCUCUCAUCCCUCCCAGACUUCGGAGCCUCAGCUCAUGGCCAUGCAAAUCAUCUCGAUCACCUAAGUAGAAUGUCGCACGGUACCUUUCUGGUAGGUACCCGGAGCUUCUUGGCGGACCUGUCGGCAGUUGCAACGGAAUGGUCAACGGUUACGGUUUGCUGCAGCCGUUGCCCGUUGGACAAGCUCUCAAAAUACAUAGUCGCCUCGCUUUUGGUUCAAUACCAACUACGGCAAGUGAUCAGCGACAUUUACAGUAACAAGAUUAUGCCGACUUGCACAGACACAGUCAGUGAUAUGUGUUGGUGA